AUGUGGCUGCUCAGCACGGCUGGAGCGGAGCUCAAGUUCUUCCCUGGGCCCGAGGCCGUUCCCGGUGGCUACGCCAUAUUCUCCCACGUCUGGUUGCAAGAUUAUCAAGAGGAUACGUUUCAGAAGGUGCAGAUCAACGCGGAUCAAUGCCCAGGAACUUCAGGAACUACUCGAACGUCCACUCACCAACACGCCCUAUCAUCACCCCGCCAUCUGGUAUCGCCCAAAAUCCGCGGUUUCCUCACUCUUGCCGAACGCGACGGUUACGAGUGGGCGUGGGCGGACACGUGUUGCAUCGACAAGACGAGCAGCGCCGAGCUCACCGAGGCCAUCAACUCCAUGUUCCGCUACUAUGCGCUCUCCGGCGUCUGCUACGUCUACCUCAACGAUGUCUCCGUUGAAGACGAUCCGGCUUCACGCGGUAUUACGACGGCCUUCCCGCUUUCCAGAUGGCACCGGCGCGGGUGGACGCUCCAAGAACUGCUCGCAUCGCGCGUCGUCGUCUUCUUCUCCAAGGAGUGGACCCCGCUCGGGACGAAGUUUGAAUUCGCAGACCUGCUACAGGACAUCACGGGCAUCCCUUCCGAGGUCAUUCGACUGGAGAAGGACUUCACCGACAUGAGCGUGGCUGCGCGCAUGUCAUGGGCGUCGAAGCGGGAGACGACGAGGACCGAAGACGCGGCCUACUGUCUGUUUGGGCUCUUCGGCGUCAACCUUCCGACGCUGUACGGCGAAGGUCAGAACGCAUUCUACAGGCUGCAGGAGGAGAUACUCAGAACAUCCGGCGACGUGUCUCUCUUCGGGUGGAGCGGAAGUACCCCGGUCGUAUUCACAACCCUCCAUAGGCUCACCGUGAGUCUCCGAGAAUCUCUGUGGACGUUCGACAUGGGCCAGUAUCACUACCUUUUCGCUCAUUCCGCCUAUGCAUACUCGGGGCAGGGGAACAUGCGAUACGAAGAACCAGCGACUCGGCCCGGAAGCUGGAAGAAAACAUUCACGGUUCGUUGA